AUGGAGAGCAAGGCCAUCGGCAGUGGCAUCUUGGCUUUUAACGCUGGUAUAGGUAAGACCCUGUCUUGCUUGCUGCAUCACUACAACCAGUAUCGCAAGAAGCUGCUGGCUCAUAACGCGCGCGUUGCUGCGGCCGGCAGUAAGAAGGAGAAGCUGCCUGUCUACAAGCCUAGCAUCGUGAUUUGCCCCGCCAUGGUUGUCGCGGUCUGGUUUACAGAGAUCCAGCGCUACUUUGGCUGGCACCUGCAGAUCCGCCUUAACUAUAGUGAUGGCAACGAGGAUGUCAUUACUCAAGAGCAAAAGGGUUUCCUGCUCAGCUUGUUAGCAAAAGAAGCGGUUAAGCAGCUGCAGUCCACCUACAAGAAGAACGAUCCUAAGACCGAGUCUGUGAUCGUCAUUACCAGCUAUGAGACCUUUACCAAGCGCUGCCUGAAGCCAGUCAAGCGAUUCAAAGAUGUGAUCAACCUGCAGAGAGAGGGUUUAAUAGACGAGCGAGAGGCACAUGCGCCAACUAUCGGUGAAAUUCUCCUGUCCACCGCUAAGGCUCAAGAGGGUCUUGAUGAGACGGAUAACUUGCUUCACAUGGCCAUCACCAACAAGGAACUGGUUCCUAAGAUUACCAGCAAAACUAAGAACCAGAAGAAGAGCAAUAACAGCAUCAACAAUCAGACCUACAAGUACAUGAACAUUAUGCGAGGUGUCUUCCGCUGUAUCUUUAUUAAUGAAGGCCAGAAGAUCAAAAACCCCAAGUCCAACAACAAUAAGGCUAUCUUUACCGCCUACACGGAUUAUUACUGGGUCGUUUCCGCCACGCCAAUGCUCAAUAGGGCUCAGGAUCUCCUGGGCUACCUCACUUUGAUGUGGCGUCCAUCCUGGAGUGUUGAGUGGCACACUGACAGCGACCAGGAGAGCGACUUCUGGAUCUACAAGCUCGACAAGCGCCAGGAGUUCCUAGAGCAGUGCAAGGCUGAUAGCGCGCUAUACAGCACCAAGUUCAAGCGUUAUGCUACCGCGACUAAUGACUGUCUCUUUGCACUUAAUCCCAAGAUGUUUGCCUGUGUCAUUAACAAAGAUCUCAUGAAGGGUGAGAUGGCCUACAAUGUGCUCGGGACUAUUCUCGGCAUUAUCCAGUUCAAGGCAAGUUCUGCAACGCAGUUCCAGGUGAAUGGUGCAGUUAUCACUGCAGACGACAACAUGAAGAUGUGUCAAUCAACCAUGGUCAAGAUUCAAGGCUCUCCUUAUAAAGCGGCUGUCUUGGAGGCUCUGUUUAAGGCAUUGAUCCCUCAUCUAUACCUCAACAACAGCAACACUGACGAUCUUGG